AACACAAGUUUGUGUUUGCGAUUUUUAAAGAUGUCAACGAGAACUAGUUGUUCCCAAUUCGAAAUAAUGGUGGACUAUAUGGAAAGAAAUGGAGACCUCAAUAAGCCUGCUGGUGGACCUCACGGCAGGCUUAGUGCCAUUACAAAGUGGGAAGAAAUAACGAUGGCCCUAAAUUUGGACACAACGGGCCAGUCAAAGCCGGUGGAAAAGUGGAAAAAAAUGGUCUAUAAAUAUAAGAGAAAGACAAAUCAGGCCCAAUGGAGUGAGGACAGCAUGAUGCUUGCAAUAGCAGAUUGCAACUCUGGCAUUCCUGUGAAAACUACAGCAAAAAAGUAUGGUCUACCUUACGCCACUCUUUAUAGGCAUUGGAAAAAAGGUAGUUUAACUGCUCAGCUUGGUCGUUUUCGAAAAGUUUUCAAUGAUGAACAAGAGGGAGAUCUUCGGACAUAUUUGUAUGAUAUGGAUAGUAUUUUUUAUGGGCUAACUCGAGAAGAUUUUAAAACAUUAGUUUUUGAAUACGCAAAACGUAAUAUUGUCACUUAUCCGCCUAGUUGGGAUAAAAAUGAAAAAGCUGGUGAUGAUUGGUUAGCAGGGUUUAUGAGAAGAAAUCCACAAAUUACACUAAGAAUUCCAGAAGCUACGUCAAUCGGCAGAGUUAAAGGAUUCAAUCGUCCUCAAGUAGAAAGGUUCUAUAAACUGUUAAGCGAACAAAUUGAGAAGUACCAAAUUGAUGAUACCAGAAUCUACAAUGUAGAUGAAACUGGUAUUCAGACCUCGACAAAUAAACCACCUAAGGUUCUAUCAGUUAAAGGUAAGAAGCAAGUUGGAGUUAUUUCUAGCACGGAACGUGGACAAACUACGACAAUCGUGUGUUGCUGCAACGCAUCUGGAUCAUUCGUUCCACCUUUUAUGAUAUUUGCACGUAAAAGGAUGCAAGAUCGCCUUUUAGAUGGUUCUCCUCCAGAGACUCGAGGAAGUUGUUCAGCUUCGGGAUGGAUAAACGGAGAAAUAUUUUUGGAUCCUAUUGUAAUAUACGAGGACAAUAAUGGCUGUAUUAGUAUAGCAAAUAAUCCGACUAAUCAUAAGCGGACAAAACACAUAGAUAUAAAGUAUCAUUUUUCUAGGGAACAAAUAGAGAAAAAUGUAAUCAAGCUUAAUUACAUUCCCACAGGUCAACAACUGGCAGAUGCAUUGACAAAGCCGUUGCCUGCAGUGACGUUCCACGAAAUGACACGAAAUAUGGGUUUGCAAUAAUGAGUUAUGAUUAUUAAACUUAUGUUGAGAUUUGUUAUUGAUUAUAUUAUGUAUUAUUGAUUAUUUUGAUGGAAUGAUCUGAUAAGGUUUUACUGGGUUUUCCUUAUCCGAGCAACAAAUGUUGGAUCAUUAUAAUUGUAUUUUUCCCAAACCUACUUGGAAGAUAUACAGUUCUGGUUAGGCAGAUUGUUAUUGUACUCCAGAUUAAUUUUUGAGGGGGCGUGUUGAUUUGUUUGAUUGAGAUUGCAAAAAAAUAAUCUUUGUAAUGACUAGACUUGACAGUUUUUAAUGACGCAAUCAAGCCGCCAUCUUGUUGUUUACUUCGAUCUACCUCUAACGAUUUAAAUUUCAUUCCGUUAUACUCUGUGGUAGGAUCCAGACGUAUUACUUCCAAGUUAUAAAAGGAUAAUAUAAAAUUAUCGUACUUGAA